AUGAUGGACCGAUUGGCGCUUGAAAAAGAGGCUUUCGAGCUGGAUCUGGAGCGCUUUGAAGGCGAAGUACGGGCGUUCACUCGCUACGGCGAAGUGGAGCACACAGACAAGUACGUGGAACUGGCCGUCACGCUGUUCGACGCACUACAAGACGCUCGAGCCAAGGCACAAGACUUUAAUGCUCGCGAGGCAGUAUUCGGCUUCCCACCGACUGAAUACGCGCCGCUACUGGCCAAGCUGGAAGGAGACUUCGCUCCGUACUAUAAGCUGUGGACUAUGAGCUCCGAGUUCCAUUCCAGUCGCCAGACGUGGCUCAACGGCCCGUUCUUGGAGCUCAAAGGCGGCGCGAUCGAAGCUCUCGUGACGGAGUGGUGGAAAGCGUCAUACAAACUGAGUAAGUCUCUAGUGGACGACGCACCGGGGUCUGCUGAAGUGGCGCUUAUACUACGAGAACGCACGGAAGAGUUCAAGGCUUAUCUACCAGUGAUUCAGUCGCUGGCCAGUCCGGCAUUACAAGAGCGUCAUUGGGAGAAAUUGCGCCACACUAUCGGCUUUGAAGAGUCUGAAGAGGAGUUAACAUUGCAGCUUCUACUUGAUCGCGGUAUCACGCAACAUUUGGAGACUAUACAGGAGAUCGGGACCUUUGCAGAGAAGGAAUAUUCACUUCAGAAGAACUUGAGUGCUAUGAUAGCGGAGUGGGAAAAGGUGGAGUUCCAGACGGCGCCGUAUCGCGAGACUGGCACGUACUUACUGCGCAGUACGGACGAUAUAGUAGCGCUACUGGAUGAUCACCUAGUCAAGACGCAGACGAUGCGCGGCUCUCCGUACAUCAAGAGUAUCGAGAAAGACUGUAAGGCUUGGGAGAAGAAGUUACAGUACUCUCAACAAUUACUGGACGAGUGGAUGGCCUGCCAACGCACGUGGCUUUACCUCGAAGCCAUCUUCAGUUCCGAAGACAUUAUGCGGCAAAUGCCCACCGAGGCGCGUCGCUUUGCCAGUGUGGACGCGUUGUGGCGUAAAACCAUGGAAGACACAGUAGCCGAGCCUGCGUUCCUAACGGUUAUAGCGAUGGAUAAGCUACUGGCCAAGUUCCAACGCGCCAACGAGAAGCUGGACGAGAUCCAGAAAGGCUUGAACGAUUAUCUCGAGAUGAAGCGUCUGCACUUCCCUCGUUUCUUCUUCCUCUCGAACGACGAGCUGCUUGAAAUCCUCUCUCAGACCAAAGAACCGCGCGCUGUGCAGCCUCAUUUGGGUAAAUGUUUCGAAGGAGUAUUCAACGUAACAUUCCAGGACGGUCCGCCGUUGUUGAUUACUGAAAUGCGCUCUGCUGAGGGGGAAGUCGUGCCGUUAAGACUGCCUGUGAGUCCGGAGAGUAGCAAGAACAAAGGCAACGUCGAGAUGUGGCUACUGGAAGUGGAACAGAGUCAAUGGGACAGUAUUCGGGACCACACAGAGCGAUCUCUUGCUGCGUAUCCACUGGAACAACGCGAGACGUGGAUGCUCAAGUGGCCAGCUCAAGUGGUUCUCGCCGUCUCGCAGGUCUACUGGACACAGGACGUGACGCGUGCUCUUAAUCUCGGGAAUGGAGUAAACGGCAUCAAAAAUUACGUCCAGGUGUUGAAUUUGCAACUGGAAAAGAUCGUCAUGCUCGUGCGUGGCAACUUGACAAAGUUAGAGCGUACAACGAUCGGAGCGCUGGUGGUUAUCGACGUGCAUGCACGAGAUACGAUCUCACAUAUGAUCGAAAAAGACGUGGAAAGUGACCAGGACUUUGAGUGGAUCUCUCAGCUUCGAUACUACUGGACGGAAGGCGUAAAAUCUGCGGGUGUGUCCGACUUACAAGCCCGGAUUGUGAAUGCUCGAGUGCGUUAUGGUUACGAAUAUCUGGGCAAUACGAUGCGUCUGGUGAUCACUCCGCUGACUGAUAGAUGCUAUCGUACAAUGAUGGGAGCAGUGGAUUUAAUGUACGGUGGCGCACCGGAAGGUCCAGCAGGAACAGGCAAGACGGAGACGGUGAAAGAUCUGAGUAAGGCGAUUGCUAUCCAGUGCGUGGUGUUUAACUGUUCCGAUGGAUUGGAUUAUUUAGCUAUGGCUAAAUUCUUCAAAGGUCUGGCUGGUUGUGGGUCGUGGUGCUGUUUCGACGAGUUUAAUCGUAUCAACAUCGAGGUUUUAUCGGUCAUUGCGCAGCAGAUAUUGACGAUUAAUGAAGGCAAGAAAGCUGGUGUGGACAAGUUCCUCUUCGAAGGAACGUUUAUCAAACUUAACGCCAGUGCCAACGUGUUUAUCACUAUGAAUCCAGGAUACGCUGGUCGUGCUGAGCUUCCAGAUAACCUCAAGGCGUUGUUCCGACCGUGUGCUAUGAUGGUGCCGGACUACGCUUUAAUCUCGGAGAUUCGACUGUACUCUUUCGGCUUUGCUCAAGCGCGUAGCAAUGCUCGGAAGCUCACUCAAGUGCUGCAAUUGGCGUCGGAACAGCUAUCGUCACAGAAGCAUUAUGACUACGGAAUGCGUGCGGUUAACUCCAUUCUGGUAGCUACCGGCGCGUUGAGACAACAGCUCGGUAACGAUCCGUUUUGGACCGAAGAUAAGAUCGUUCUACGCUCGGUACAGGACGUCAACCUACCCAAGUUCACUUCAGAUGACUUGCCACUUUUCCGCGGUAUCACGUCGGAUUUAUUCCCCGAUGUUUUGCUGCCAUUACCAGAUCAUGGAGCGCUGUUACGUCACAUUGAUGAGACCUGUGAACGAGGGAUAAGUAUCGUGCCAGACGUCAACAUUCCGCUGGAAUGUAAACCCGAAUUUAAGAUGAAGGUAGUGCAGUUCUACGAGACUGUACAGGUGCGUCACGGUCUCAUGAUUGUAGGCACUACUGGGUCGGGUAAGACGUGUGUUGUGCACUCGUUAGCAACUGCAAUGACGUCGUGCUAUAACGAAGAGAUCGAGACACAGGAAGAAAACGGUACAAAGGGGGCACCGACGUUGCAACAGCGGGUGAAUAUCCACACGAUGAACCCGAAAGCCAUCACCAGUGGCCAAUUGUACGGCAACUUUGACGAAAACACACACGAGUGGUCGGACGGAGUGCUCGCUUGCACGUACCGUAACUGCGCUCGCGAUACCAGUACAGAACUACAGUGGGUUAUGUUCGACGGGCCUGUGGAUGCUGUCUGGAUUGAGAACAUGAAUACGGUACUGGAUGACAACAAGAAGCUCUGUCUAAUGAGCGGAGAGAUCGUGAAAAUGACGGAACGGAUGAGGAUGGUGUUUGAGACGGAGGAUCUGGAAGAAGCCUCUCCUGCUACAGUCUCACGUGUCGUCUCACAGUGA